AUGGCCCGUGCCGGGAGCGUGUGGCCAGACUCUGACCCGGGCCCCCAACCAAAACGCGCUGAAACCACAAAGCAACCCUCAAAACGACCCCCUGCAGAGAACACACCCAACCCAGUAAGGCAACAAAUGAACCCAGCACCCCACACUGAAAACACAAAUACGAAGCAGAACGGGCCAAAAAAGCAUCACAACUCCCCACCACCGCCCGCACGCCCCGCCGGUAGAAGCACCCCCUCGUUCCCUACUAACAGAACCCACCCAAACCUCCCCAAAGCACACACCGAGAGACACUUGGGAACCAGCAAAGGAACCCCCCAGCCAACCCGACAACUGCCGCCACCCAACCUAACCCCCCUAAUACGCCUACCUAUCCAACACUCCUACACUUCCGCGGACCCGACGAGACAAGAAGCAAAACCCAUAACUGGCCCUAACGCCACAAGCGCGAUCGGGUACACCAAGCAGCACCGUCCCACGCCUACUCCAAACCGGAAAUCACCACACCCCAACAAACCCCGCAGGCCCCCCCAAACCCAGUCCCCCCUGGCCGCCCUUAAUAAACCGAGCAACACCUCAGCCUCGAAAACGCCUUGCGACCAACCCGACCCCCAACAACGCAGCGGAUCUAGGAAUAAGCUUUGA